AUAUCCGUUCCUGUUCCUUGAUCUGAUGAAGCCGGUCCCCUUGUACUAACUGCCUCAUUGAGCAGAUUGUCUUUGGGAAAUGUCAUUUAACUCAUUAGUACACAAUACAAAGACCUGGUUUGUAGCAGCACAAAAUUUUAAGAGCUACAUGGAUGUGGGUAUGGCAAUGAAACUCAUCUUGUUAUUGUUUCUUGUUGCUACUCUUACUGUCUUUGUUCCUGUUGUGACUCUCAGACAUCUCAAACUGGAUAGAGUUCUCUAUAAUCAACUGAUCACGGAAUCACAAACUGAACCACAAGAAGAAAUUGUCGAUACACACAAUGCCUUCAGGAGAAACGUGUCCCCGCCAGCCAGGAACAUGCUGAAAAUGAGUUGGAGUUCAGCUGCUGCAGAAAAUGCUAGAAUUCUGGCGAGGUACUGCGACAAGUCAGACAGUGACUCACUUGAAAGGAGACUACCAAAUACAUUUUGUGGAGAAAAUAUGCAUAUGGAAAAUUACCCCUCUUCCUGGUCAAAUGUAAUUGAAAUCUGGUACAAUGAGUCGAAAUAUUUCAAAUAUGGAGAAUGGCCAUCCACAGAUGAUGACAUUGAAACUUAUCACUACACCCAGAUGGUCUGGGCCUCUUCCUAUCUCAUUGGCUGUGAUGUUGCAUCAUGCCGCAGGCAAAAGGCAGCUACGUAUCUCUAUGUGUGUCACUAUUGCCAUGAGGGGAAUAGUCAAGACACACUAAACAUGCCUUAUAAGGAGGGGUCGCCAUGUCAAGACUGUCCAAACAACUGUGACGAUGGACUGUGUACCAACCCCUGCCUUUAUUACGAUGAAUAUAACAACUGUGAUAAGCAAGCAAAACUUCUUGGAUGCUCACAUCCAGCAGUCCAGCCAUUCUGUAAGGCUUUUUGUCUGUGUAAAACUGAAAUAAAAUAACCUAUUGCUUGCUACUAUGCUGUGGGGUAAAAGGGUGUUUUCAAGAUCAUCUAUUUCACCUAAUGUAAUGGACUAUAGGACCUUCUACUGAAUUUCACUUGUUUUUAAAUUUGUGCUCAAGAACUUAAUUUUUAACCAUCAUUUACAGACAUCAACAUAUUUCAUCAAGACUGUGCCCCUGCCAUGUAGUAAAAUAACUUUAAACUUCCUUGUUUAAUGAAAGGGCAAGUCAAAUUCUUGCCCCAAUUUAAUACAUGUGAUUUGUGUUGUGUAGUUCGACAUAAUGCAUGAGCUCUUCAUCUAUUUACUGGCAGUAAAACAGUCUUUUACAUAACCCCUUUUCCUAAUAUCCCCAUUUCCCCUACAAUCCUAAUGUUUUUGUUUAAUGUUUCAACUUUCAUUCUAUUUUAAAUCAAGCAUUAAAAAUAUUCAACAAAUGAA